AUGUGCUGCAACUACUAUAGAAGCUCCUGUGGGGGCUGUGGAUACGGCUCUGGCUGUGGAUACGGCUCUGGCUGUGGAUAUGGCUGUGGAUAUGGCUCUGGCUGUGGAUAUGGCUCUGGCUGUGGCUAUGGCUGUAGAUACAGCUCUGGCUGUGGCUCUGGCUGUAGAUAUGGCUCUGGCUGUGGCUAUGGCUAUGGUUCUGGAACUGGCUGUGGAUACAACACUGGUUUCUGCAGCUACCGACCCUCUUGCUACAGAAGGUGCUACUCCUCUUGCUGCUAA